CCUAAACAACGUCGCGAUUCACCUUCCCCCCACUCUCCCCUUCCCUACACGCUACGCAUGCAACUACGGCGUUUUCGCCUGCUGAAUCGACCUUGCUAGUCCCCCUCAUCGUGACAUCGACUUUCGACCUGUGCUACACCACAUCCUUCCAGCCUCAGCCUUGGCCGCCUAAACUGAGAAUGUGGUGUCAUUUUGACGCCAUAUAAUCACAUUUUGGCGUGCGUAUCAUCCAUCUAUCGACGGAACAGCGUAGAUCGUGCAUACUGUAGCUGAUUGCUAGAGCUUCAGAGCGGCCAAAAUGGAGCCUAAUCAGGCUAAAGUCAAUCAGUUGUUGAAAUGGCUCGAUGAUGGUGGUGCUGAAAUACACACAAGACCUGGGUCGGAAAGACUUCCUGGACCCUUCAAGUGGAUUCCGGAAACAUCUCAGUUUGAGAGCUGGCUUAGCGAUGGACCACCCACUCUGCUCCUUGUGGGACGACCCGGUUCUGGAAAAACUAUGGCCGCGUCUCUCGUCGUGGAUACGCUCCUGCACCAGGACAACCUUGAACGUAGGGUUGGCGUUGCGUUUCUUCACGUGGGCACCGGUGAAAGGAGACGUAACGGGAUGCAACUGUCACGAAGCUUACUAUAUCAGCUUGGACAACAACUUGCCUCAUCGUAUAUGCGUAGCCGCAGCCCACCGCGCAUGGAAGAUGUCUUGGAUCCCCUGCGUGAGAGAAACCCAUACCCGUCCAUGGUAGAUAUGGUGUCCCAAAUACUUCCUGAAGUGAUUAGCAAGUUUGAUCGGGUCUACGUCGUGGUGGACGAAUUGGACCAGAUGACCGAAUAUCGCGGCUCACUGCGCUCGAGCCUUGUCAAGCUGAGAAGGAAUAAUCUGAGAUUAUUCCUUACUACCCGUCACAGUCCAGGCACGAAAGGCAGGCUUCACAAGGCUCCGCAGAUAUCGAUUGCCGGCGCCAACACUGGAGAAGACUUGGACACUUACGUCACGCAAAGGCUGGCUGAUUUGCCUAGAUUUGUUCGCAAUAGACCGAUACUACAAACUUUGGUGAAAGAAAGAGUUAUUGAAGACGCUAACGGAUUGAUACUCGCUGCAAAACUUCUCAUGGACGGACUUAUGAAUACGAGAGGCGCCAGAAUAAAACUUAGACUGACAUCUACCGGAGACCUCCUCGGGGAGCUGUAUGAUAGGUUCAUUGCGAGGAUUCAAGAGCUCGACGAUGCCGAACAGGACUUUGCCAAAGAAACUUUGGCGUGGCUUCUCCUCGUGAAGAGACCUAUGCGAGAAGCUGAGAUGCGACACAUCCUUCAAAGAGAUCAAAACACCUCCCUGUCGGAUGCAGAUGAUGCUCCGGACUACGAACAAGUUUUGGAGCUGUGCGAGGAUUUCAAUAUUCUAGUUGACGUCAGGGGCGGCAAUUGCCUUGACGUGCACCCUCCGGCUUCGGAUUAUCUCCUGCGAACCCUGAAUUCCUGGUGUCCGGAUGCCAAUAUGAGGGUUGCUAAACGGUGUCUGGUAUAUCUUAUCUUGGAAGACUUCAAGAAUGGCCCUUGUAAGACGGAUGUCGAGUUUGAGUCAAGGUUGGAACACCAUGCUUUGUAUGAGUAUACGGCACAGCACUGGGCGGAGCAUCUCCAUGGUUUGCAAAAUUUGCCGAUGGAUCUCGUCCGCCUGUUUCUGUUGGAUGAAGAAAAAAUCGCCUCAGCAACCCAGGUCAUAUCAGUACUACACCAGAAGCCACUGGGACCAGGCUAUAGUCAGAAAUUUGAUCCCCCUGGAAGCGGCUUUCAUGUCGCAGCGCGACUGGGAUUGACAUCUGUUUUAGCUUCUCUGCUUGGAGAAGAGCAACAGUGGCUAGCUAUGGUGGAUACAAAAGGGCGAACCCCACUAUGGUGCGCGAUCGAGAACGACCAACAGGAGACUAUGGAAUUCCUAAGUCGUAUCGAUCGAACAACGUUUACGCUGCUACUGGAUAAGGCGCGAACAUCAUUGGCUAAUACCUUGCUCCGGGUUGCUGCAACAAGAAUCAAAGAUCUGCAUUCAAAUACUGCUUUACACAUCGGUGUCAUGCGCCAAGAUUUGGAGAUCAUGCGACUCUCGCUCAAUUUUGGCGUUGAUGUCGAUGCGAAAGGUGUGAAUGGCUACUCGGCCAUUGGGUUGGCCAUUAAACAAGCCCGCAAAUCUGGACAAGUCGAUGCCAUACAUCUGUUACUUGAACACUCUGCAAGUACGGCACAACUUCGCGUCUCGGAUUGGGAAGAGGCAUUUGAGGAAGCUUAUCCAGUCUCUGGGUUAUUCAGUCAAAAUAUAAUUGAGCUCUCAGAAUAUGAAACAGGAGGAACGAAAAUUGGGUUUUUCUCAUCGCACAACUUCGACUUGGUCGAUCAUCCAGUACCGCCCGCUGCGAGAAGACUGCUAAUAUAUUGUGACUCUGGAAAUUUGCCUAAACCGUAUCUGAAUAGCACCUCGUCGUUUGAGGAGACAAGGAUUGCAGAUAACUACGCAGUUACAAUAAUCCAGGUGUCCCCUGACGUACCAAAUCGAGCUUAUCAAGGGCCGUAUUACCGAUUUGAAGUCGGGACGCCGUCGUCAAUGUACAUAAAACACGAUGGGUCUUUCGGGUUCGGAUUGGAGAGAUUGAUGAUCAGUUGGAAUGUGGGAGUACGUCCAGAUUUCUCUGGCAACGAUCGAUGGAUCAGCAUGGACCACGGUAGUACGCUCUCUGACGGUUCGAUACCAAGCAGUGGACUAGCGUUUGUCGAGAUCUUGGUGAAUGAACUCAGAACACAUUGGACCGGAAUUUGUCGUAACGUCGAUCAAUAUCUAAUGGAUUGUCGUUUGAAUAUUCUCAAACAAAAUGGAGGACAUCGUUAUCUCAUCCGCCGUCUUUUGAAUGAUGCAACUACAUGGAUCAAUUUUCGUCACCGACUUCUCACCCAGGUGGAGGCCAUUCGAAAGUUCUGCAAUGAAUAUGAGAAUCAAGGUUAUGAAGAUCAGGCUUCCAAAGUAGUCGUGUACACUAUCAGCGAUUUUGAAGAUGUUAUCAAAUCACGAUUUGACGAGUUUGAUGCGGUAUCAUCUGCGCUUAUUCAGUUGGAAUUCAAUUUGGUAUCUAUCAGAGAAGCGCAAAGGUCUACUUCGCUGAAUAUAAGCCUGAAGCGACUUAGCUGGAUUACGUUCAUCUUCCUACCACUCACAUUCGUUGCGGGCUUGUUUGGCAUGAAUGUCAACAUUCUGGCAGACAAUCCACCAUGGUGGUGGUACCUAGUAUUCAUGUUCCUUACGCUAAGUCUAACAAUGCUCGUAUGGCUAACAUGCCGAAAAUUCCCUGACUUGGAGGACAAAGUGAACGAGAAGUUCCCCUGGCUCAAGCCAGAUCGUGCUCGUCAGAAAUUUGGACCUGUAGAGUAGUAUUCGUUGUCGUAAGAGAAGAAGGACAAGUGAUGAGAUAGUGGUGAUCGGUCUGCC